AUGUUCGUAAACCUGAAGGCCGCAGGGUCCUUGCUGAGCACUCCCACAGACAUGCAACAGCAGAUGCACACCGGUGGUGCGGAUUCUGAUGGCGAGAUCGCAAGCUCGGAAUCAUCACUUUUUCUUGGUGGCAGGUUGCCUGCAGCUUGGUUUGCUGAUGACACGGACGAUGGUAGCCUUUCUUCUUCUGGCACAGGGGGCAAGACCUCCAAUGAUAAUGCUUUCAAGAGCACUUCUGGGGCCCACUGGGCAUCGCCUACCGUUUCCAAGCACGAGCUGGAGAACUCACACGAGGUUGACCCUGCGUCUUCCAUCCCGUUUGCUCCACGGUAUCACCUGGGAGGGGAUUAUGAGGUCCAGUGUUCUGCUGGCUUCGUCCUCCACCAGAUUGGGCAAUGCAUUCCGUGCCUCUACCACACACGAAUGGGAGAUGGAUGCCGCAGAGGUGACGCCUGUGACCACUGCCAUCUCUGCACCGAGAGUGAAGCCAGGACGCGUCGCAAUCGACUUCAUCUCGAAGCGCAGAAGAGGGCCAGGGUUAAACGACGAGCAGGAGCCAGGACCUUGGCGGCUCGUGAGUUUGAGGGCUAUGAUGGCUACCCAUUGGCUCCAUAG